UGGUCUCUGGAGCGGGUGUGGGUUUUGAAGGACGGGGGUGAUGUGGUCUCUGGAGCGGGUGCAGGUUUUGAAGGACGGGGGUGAUGUGGUCUCUGGAGCGGGUGCAGGUUUUGAAGGACGGGGGUGAUGUGGUCUCUGGAGCGGGUGUGGGUGAGGAGGCGGGCAGCGCAGUUCUGGAUAUAUUGCAGUUUAUUUAGGAUGUUGGAUGAUGAGCCAUACAGGAUGCUGUUGCAGUAGUCCAGUCUUGAAGUGAUGAAUGCGUGGAUCAGGGUUUCAGCAGCCGGGAAGGAGAGUGAGGGGCGGAGGCGGGCAAUGUUUUUUAGAUGGAAGAAGGCGGUCCUGGUGAUAUGGUUUGUGUGUUUAUCGAAUUUGAGCUGGCUGUCAAAGAUUAGUCCAAGGUUGUGAAUGUGAGGAGAGGGGGUUGGUGAGGUUGAAGUUCUGGGUGGUGUUGGUGCGGGAUGUGGGUCCGAUUAUGAUGAUAUCUGAUUUGUCGCUGUUCAGUUGAAGGUAGUUUGUUUGCAGUUGGUGAGUGUGUAGUGAGUUGUGGCAGUGAUGGUUUUUGUGUAGAUGUAGAGUUGGAUGUCAUCGGCGUAGCAGUGAUACUGGAGGUUGUGGCGGCGGAUGAUUUUUCAUCCGCCGAAGAGGAGGGGACCAAGCACCGAACCCUGGGGGACGCCUUGGGACAGAGGGGCAGUGGAGGAAGUGCAGUUAUUGAUGUGGAUGAACUGGUGUUUGUUGGUGAGGUAUGAUUUCAUAACCCUGUCAGAGAGGCUGACUGCUGGCGAUCCUCAGAGACUCCUGCAGGCAGAAACUAAACUUCUUCUCCUGCUCCGGAUCCUUCACAACAAAUGCAUUAGGAGACAGGAAGCUCCCGGCCUUGCAACUCUUAUCCAGCUAGUGUGUGGUGACGAUGGGGAUUCCUUUAGCCACGGCACACAGGAACUUGACGGUCCUGCGCACCUGCUCAAAGAUGCUCACACUUCAGAUCUCCUACUACGACACAUCCACGAACGCUCUGGACACAGCGGGAGAAACGACAUGCUUUCUGUUGGAGAAAUACUGUUUUCUCCACUCUUUGGGUUGUUUUAAUACACUGAUAUCAUGUGUGGCUCUGAGACGUGUACGGCCUUGCAGCUGCCUCUUUAUGAUAACAGAAGGCAGAGCAUUUCAGGUUGUUGUUCUAUUCUGAGGAGACAGGCACAUAUUUGUUGUCUCCUAUAUUAUCUCACAUUGCUGGGAGUCCAGAAGUCGCAGAUGACACAUCCAGUUGUCCCAUCUUCCCUUCACCUAUGGCUGACAUUCCGACACCCGCAGCCACCGUCCUUUUACGGCUUUACUCUCCGUGUUUUGGGACUAUAUACGCCUGAAGUUUUUUGCUGUUCCUUUGAGCAACAUACCUCAUGUGUGUGAGUUAACCCGUAUCCUUUGUAUGUGAUUUAACUUCUUGCAAGAAUAAACUAGAACCUGAUCAUUGAUUCUCAACCUGGUGUCGAGUGAUAUUUUUCUAACAUAUUGUUCCUUCGAGCCGGAUCCAAGAUCUCCUUUUUUCUCCCAGCGAACGAGCCUGACACUGUGCACAGGGAGUCAAGAGACUCUUACGAAAAGACCCCUACCUUGUUUCCUUUACAAAGAAACCAUUUGGUAAAUAGGGGGGCCAGGUUACGCUGGAGAGGAGAGGAGUGACGGAUCCUUGAACUACCGACACAGGAGAGAACGUCAAUACAGGCACCGUUUUGGUUUCAAACCCAAAACCCAACUUUUAAAUGGUUUGUGGGUCAAACUAGAGGCCAGUUUUAUUAGUUUCGGAAAAAACUAAAGGAUCUUAUAGUUCGAGGGUGGACUAUAGGGUACAUUUUCUUAGUUUUACUAAAACUAUUGUGAGCUUUAUAGUAGGAUACAAGGUACGACUAUGUUAUAGUGGGUUACUAGGUACGACUGGGUAUUUACUUAGUUUUGGGGAAAACUUUGACAGUUUAGUUUUCUUAGUUUUGCUAAAACUAUUGUGAGUUUAUAGUACGAGGUACGGCUAUAGGCAUUUUACUUAGUUUUGGGGAAAACUAGGACAGUUUAGUUUUCUGGGUUUUGCUAAAACCGUUGUGAGUUUUGUUAUGCGUAGACUAUAGGGCAGUUUUACUUAGUUUUGGGGAAAACUAAGGGAGUUUUAUAGUUUGUGGGAGGACUAUAGAACAACUUUUUCUUAGUUUUGGUAAAACUAUAGAAGUCUAAUCAUGGGUUCAUGCUGCAGUGAGACCCGUGGGAAGAAGAUAGAAACAGAAAUAGUCAUCAUAUCAGGAGAUGCUAAAUGGAUGCAGGUGAAGCACAGAACGAGUGUAAAGGGAAAGGGAGGUUAGGGUAGAGGAGCCAACAACUGAUUGAUAGCAUUGAGAACAAAUGUAACGGGAAUGGAAAAAGGGUGGAAGAAGAGGAUUUGUUAGGGGCUAUGAUGUGGUUAGCCGAAGCAAGGAAUAGAAGGGAAGGACAUGAGAGAGAGGUAGAGAGGAGACGGAGAGAAAGGGAAAAUGCUGAGGAAACAGCAUUUUCAGAAAAAGAGAAAUCAGAAAAUGAGGUUUUGUAUAACUUGUAUCCUAAUCUCCCCUAUUCCGAGAAACUGGAGAAACUUGACGAUCAAGUUGUAUGCAGACGCCGCCAACCCCCUCCUCCGUAUCUCCCUCCUGUGGGACCUGCUGUGAUGCAGGAGCAAUGGAUAGAUGAAAACCAUGCACCAGCUCAACACCUCGGGGAUCUCCUCGGACCCCUGGCCUCCUGCUCGUCUCACCCCUCUGCUCCCCCACCGACUCCGCUGCCUCGGCCACCCGCUCCGCCCUACACCUCCACACACCGACCCUCAUGCUCCGCCCUACACCUCCACACACCGACCCUCAUGCUCCGCCCUACACCUCCACACACCGACCCUCAUGCUCCGCCCUACACCUCCACACACCGACCCUCAUGCUCCGCCCUACACCUCCACACACCGACCCUCAUGCUCCGCCCUACAACCUCCACACACCAACCCUCAUGCUCCGCCCUACACCUCCACACACCGACCCUCAUGCUCCGCCCUACACCUCCACACACCGAACCUCAUGCUCCGCCCUACACCUCCACACACCGAACCUCAUGCUCCGCCCUACACCUCCACACACCGACCCUCAUGCUCCGCCCUACACCUCCACACACCGACCCUCAUGCUCCGCCCUACACCUCCACACACCGAACCUCAUGCUCCGCCCUACACCUCCACACACCGACCCUCAUGCUCCGCCCUACACCUCCACACACCGACCCUCAUGCUCCGCCCUACACCUCCACACACCGACCCUCAUGCUCCGCCCUACACCUCCACACACCGACCCUCAUGCUCCGCCCUACACCUCCACACACCGAACCUCAUGCUCCGCCCUACACCUCCACACACCUACCCUCAUGCUCCGCCCUACACCUCCACACACCGACCCUCAUGCUCCCGCGCAGAGAACAGCCGGCAUGAGGGGGGAACCCAGCAACACACGGUCAGGUGUGAUCUGGUCCGUCUUCUUUUUGUGUUCAGUAGUUUGAUGCCACGUCUUCAGAUAAAGGUGAACAGUUUAUCAGAGACAGCAUUUGUGCUCCUGAGUCUCCUACUCUGUGUCUCUCUGAAGAAGAAUCCGCUGAUCUCAGGUUUUCUCAACAAACAGCAGAAUCUCUGAUGACACACACUGCUCCUCUUUGUGGAGUAAAGCAUGUUCCCUUCCUUCCUGCUCUCAAACAGAGCCAGCUACCCCCUCUCAAGUUAUUUCAAGAGGAAGAUUGUCACCAGCCUGACCAUGCGCCAGCUCCCAGAGGCCCUGUCCCAGGCAGGCCUUCAGUUUUCUGGGGCCACUGAGGAGGACUUUGAUGAGAUCAUGGGCAUAAGCCAGGGUAUAGAUGGAGGCCUCGACUACCUGCCCACGAGAUACACCGACUGGCUGCAGGAGACCAACCGCACCGUCAUAUUGGCCCGCAAACAGGGAAAAGUAAUUGCUCUGGAGUCAGUGUUUGUGAUUGACGAUGGGGAGACUAUGCUGGUGCAAGCUCUACGCGUCGCCCCUCAGGAAAGGGGUAAGGGUGUGGUUGGGGUUCUGCAGCGCUUUUGCUCUGAUCUGGUCAAAUCCAAGUUCCCUGAUGUCAAAGUAACCCGCAUGACCCGUGAUCAGCUCGGACCAAAGGAUUUCCAGAAAUAUCGCCUCAUAACCAAGCAGGGUAUUCUCCUGGUGCGCUUCAGGGCUGAAGAACUCAAGCUGCGUCUGUCUGAUCUUGGUCUUGGAGAUAUUCAAUCUUCUUUGUCCACCUCCUUCAAACCUCCUCCAGUGCGUCUCGACAAUACAGCCAUCCGCCGGCUGUAUCUGACCUCUGAUCGGAUGCAUGGGGUCCUUCCUAACGCCACCAUCAUUGAAGAGGGUCAGCCAUUCAAGCUUCUACCCAGUAACAUGGCUAUUCUACUGAAGAAGGACAUUGACUGGAUGGUCGAUGAUGUGGCCAACCCUACUGUGGCCAGCCUCUGUACAUUCCCUUACAGGGUGCCCAUUGGAGAUGACUGGUAUUCCCUGAACAUUAACAUGUUCGGUAAGGAACUGGAUCCUGUCCAACAGCAGUUCCUGUGCCACCUGCAGCGCCACACUGCCACUCUGAAGGGUCACGUGAUGUGCCAGGUGUUCCUGGACCCCCCACUCUGGAAGCCCAUGAUGGAAUUCUGCCGCAACAUCUUGAACGUGGAGCUGGUGAAGGAGUACACCCAGCAAUGCGUGGUGGAGUCAGACGUCAUGUAGCUACGGGAGGUGGAUGGAGAGGAGUAGGAGACGUUGGAGCCAGAAAGGACUAAGGACAAGGGGCAAAACAACUCAAUUACACAAAAAACACAACCCUUUGUAAUGAGGAGGUAGAAACCAGGCAAACAAAAUGUAGGUUCUUCAAAACAAAACUGGUAGCGCAGUUUCAUUUAACGAUACCUAAAUUCUGAUCGGAUAUGAUAAUAAUUCAUUGUGAAGCCAAAAAGGAGUAGAUUUUAGAUGCCCCACUUUAAGACAAAAGCCCUUUGCUAACAUUCUGCUUUGGUAGCUCAUAUUCUGGAUUUCCCUAAAAAAACAAUUACUCAAAUAUUUCCCUAUAAUAUUCGUAAAUGAUGUAUCUUAUGCCCUUUUAAAUAGACAAUUAGACUAGUUUCAUUUAAAAUGCUAGAGAUGGUUUCCCAGUGGUAGGAACCAGUUUAUUUAGUGUGUGAGCUGAUCAUUUCCAUUCAUUCAUCCUGGUUUCAGUCUAAGCAAGUCCAAUUAUACUUUCCAUUAGCCGCAACCACUAGCUAUUCCUGGGGGAUUCCAAGUAGGGCUGUGCGAUUAUGGCAAAAAUCCUAAUCACGAUUAUUUUGGUCAAUAAUUGAUAUCACGAUUA